AUGCUGGACAUGAGCGAGACCCGCGCCCAGCCGCCCUGCAGCCCGUCCGGCACUGCCAGCUCCAUGUCGCACGUGGAAGACUCGGACUCGGAUGCGCCGCCGUCGCCCUCGGGUUCCGAGGGCCUUGGCCGCGCGGCAGGCACGGGGGGCGGUGGCCGGGGCGACGCGGCCGAGGCGGCGGACGAGCGCUUCCCGGCCUGCAUCCGCGACGCUGUGUCGCAGGUGCUCAAGGGCUACGACUGGAGUCUGGUGCCCAUGCCGGUGCGAGGUGGCGGCGGCGGCGCACUCAAGGCCAAGCCGCACGUGAAGCGGCCCAUGAAUGCCUUCAUGGUGUGGGCGCAGGCGGCGCGCCGUAAGCUAGCUGACCAGUACCCGCACCUGCACAACGCCGAGCUUAGCAAGACGUUGGGCAAGCUGUGGCGAUUGCUGAGUGAGAGCGAGAAGCGCCCCUUCGUGGAGGAAGCAGAGCGGCUGCGGGUUCAGCAUAAGAAGGACCACCCAGAUUACAAGUACCCGCGUCGGAGUUUUUUUUAGAGCGACUCCGACUCAGGCGCCGAACUGGGCCACCACCCAGGUGGUCCUGUGUACAAGACCGACACAAGCCUCAGCGAGGCUCACCACCACGGCGACCACACAGGGCAAACCCAUGGGCCGCCCACCCCGCCUACCACCCCCAAGACAGACCUGCACCUCGGGGGCAAGCAGGAGCUCAAGCUGGAAGGCCGCCGCCUGGUGGACAGUGGGCGCCAGAACAUCGACUUCAGCAACGUGGACAUCUCAGAGCUGAGCAGCGAGGUCAUCGGCAACAUGGACACCUUCGACGUUCACGAGUUUGACCAAUACCUGCCCCUCAAUGGUCACUCAGCCCUGCCCACAGAGCCAGGCCAGCCUGCUGCCGCUGGCUCCUACGGGGGUGCCUCUUACUCACACUCCGGGACGGUGAGCAUCGGGGCAUCCCCCGUAUGGGCCCACAAGGGAGCUCCAUCAGCCUCUGCAUCGCCCGAAGCAGGUCCCCCUCGGCCACACAUCAAGACAGAGCAGCUGAGCCCUGGCCACUACGGUGACCAGUCGCAUGGCUCUCCGGGCCGCACCGACUAUAGCUCCUACAGUGCCCAGGCCAGUGUCACCACCGCUGCCCCUGCUGCGGCUGCCAGCUCCUUUACCAGCUCCCAGUGCGACUACACUGACCUGCAGGCCCCCAACUACUACAGUCCAUAUGCCAGCUACCCAUCCAGCCUGUACCAGUAUCCUUACUUCCACUCAUCCCGCCGGCCCUACACUUCACCCUUGCUCAGUGGCCUCUCGGUGCCGCCCGCCCACAGCCCCCCCAGUAACUGGGACCAGCCUGUGUACACCACUCUGACCAGACCCUGA